GUGCCAGAAUAUAGAUUCCUGAUGGGAUUUAGAGACACUUAGGCAUUUGGGUUUCUAAGUUCUGAACAAGCAAUUUUGUUUACUUCAAUAUUUGAGGUUCAGCUUUUGCUAAACAAGAUGGCAACUCAUAUAUCGUGUUUCACGCCUUCUGAUACUCGAAACUCAUUGGGAGUGUCAGCAGUGCUGGGAGGAAGAGUGUCUACGGAGAACCGUUUUGUUAAGGUUUGCUCCGUGAAGCUGUUUGAUGAGACGAAUCCACUUUUGGGUGCCAGCCAUAAGAUCGGUUCUGGUUUCACUCGUAUUCGAUGUUUAGCCAAUUCCCACAAUGUCAGCCCAUAUCAGAGUAAAGACCCUUUUUUAAAUCUACACCCUGAGGUAUCAAUGCUCAGAGGAGGUGAGAGAAAUGAUGCAGUUACUAUUUCAAGAAACGAAAGCUCAAGUAGCAAUGUAACUGAGAGCUUAAAGGACUUGCCCAGCCAGAAUAAUUAUAAUGAAGCUAAAAUCAAAGUCAUUGGUGUUGGGGGUGGUGGCUCAAAUGCUGUUAAUAGAAUGAUUGAGAGUUCCAUGAAAGGUGUGGAUUUCUGGAUUGUUAACACUGAUGUUCAAGCCAUGAGGAUGUCGCCUGUUUUUCCUGAGAACCGCUUGCAAAUAGGUCAAGAGCUAACAAGGGGACUUGGUGCUGGUGGAAACCCAGAUAUUGGCAUGAAUGCUGCCAAGGAAAGCAAAGAAGCGAUAGAGGAGGCACUCUAUGGUGCUGACAUGGUUUUCGUAACGGCGGGAAUGGGUGGGGGAACUGGUACAGGUGGUGCCCCAGUAAUUGCAGGAGUUGCAAAAUCAAUGGGUAUCUUAACUGUUGGUAUUGUUACAACACCUUUCUCUUUUGAGGGACGAAGGCGAGCAGUACAAGCACAAGAAGGAAUUGCAGCUUUGAGAGAGAAUGUUGACACAUUGAUUGUCAUUCCAAAUGACAAGUUAUUGACUGCCAUUUCCCAGUCUACCCCUGUGACUGAAGCUUUUAACUUGGCUGAUGAUAUACUCCGACAAGGAGUUCGUGGUAUCUCUGAUAUAAUUACGGUUCCUGGUCUAGUUAAUGUUGAUUUUGCUGAUGUGCGAGCUAUCAUGGCAAAUGCAGGUUCUUCUUUGAUGGGAAUUGGAACAGCAACUGGCAAGACCAGGGCAAGAGAUGCUGCAUUGAAUGCCAUCCAAUCACCUUUACUGGAUAUCGGUAUAGAAAGGGCCACUGGAAUUGUGUGGAACAUCACAGGUGGAAGUGAUUUAACUUUGUAUGAGGUAAAUGCUGCUGCAGAGGUGAUAUAUGAUCUUGUGGAUCCAAGUGCAAACUUAAUUUUUGGAGCAGUUAUAGAUCAGUCCCUCAGUGGUCAAGUCAGCAUCACUCUGAUUGCUACUGGAUUUAAACGUCAAGAUGAAACUGAAGGAAGGCCUCUUCAGGGAAGUCAGCUAGGUCAUGGAGAUGUCAACCUUGGGAUCAGUCGACGACCUUCCUCUUUCACUGAAGGUGGCUCAGUGGAGAUCCCUGAGUUUCUGAAAAAGAAAGGACGCUCACGUUUUCCUAGAGCUUGACACUUUUUGUUUCCUCUGUUGUAAUAUAUCUACCCAACCACCCUUUUUCAGUUCUUUAUUCUCUCCUCUGCUUCAAAUCCCUCCACAGGUAUGCAGAACAGCCUAGGACAUUACAAGGUUUUAUGCCUUAGCUAGUUUCUAACUCCGAGAUCCAUGAAAGUUUAUUUUCUUCAAUCAAAUAAUAAGAGGCUGAUUUUGUUUGGGUCUGUUCAUUUGAUCACGUAAAUAUAUCAAUUUUACUUUUGGGUUU